CUACGAAGAGUGGAUACCUCUACUGCUUAAAGUUUACAAUCAUAAGAAUCCAGAUGUUCAAGAGGUCCUUCUUUUCUUACUUCUAUAGUUGUUUCCGUAAGAAAUCUGUCGUAUAUUCUCCAAAUACGGUGUUUUUUUUUUUUUUUAAUUCUCAGCUAGUAGCAACUGCAAUCGGUAUUUGUGCUGAAUUUGGUGGAGAUUUCCUAAAGCCUCAUACUGCAGUAAUAUUCAGUUAUUUCAAAUCUGUAAUGGAGCAUCCUGAUGCAAAACUCCCCGAUAACAUCACAGCAUAUGAGGCGGCUGUUUCUGCAUGUGGGAAGAUAUGCCAGUUUGUCUCCGAGGGCAUCUACACCUAUGAGUUUAUCCACCUCUGGCUUUACAACUUACCGAUAAUGUGUAAUCUGGAUGAGGCUAAGAUCAAUCACGAACAGCUUUGUUCAAUGACAGAAACGUCAGCAGACAAAGUUACUGGCCCUCAAGGACUAUAUAUACCGCAAAUAAUAACAAUUUUCGCUGAGGUCCUAUGGGCAGGGAACAAUAUAGCCACUCAAGAAACUACCGAGCGAAUGAUCAAACUAUUGAAGAAGUUUCAAAGGGAACUGCAGCCUUCCAUGUUCUCUGACAUUUGUGGAAUAUUGCCUUUGCCACAGCAAAGCAUGUUGCGCGCUGUUUUCUCAUCUUAACUCCAAGAAGUUUUUUUUCAUUCUUUGAGCAUAUAUACAUACACAGACGACUUCUUGAAUUUACCGGAAGAGUAACAAAUAGAAAGAUUACUCUAUAGAGUGUGAUUGUAUAUAGUUAAACGGAACAAAGGAUGAAGUCUCCGCUUGUAAAGAAGUUUUUCGUGUUUAAAAGG